AUGGGUUACAAGUCCGAGCUUCCGCGCAGCUUGAGCAUGCUGUCGGUGCUGGGUCUCUCAUUUGCCAUUAUGGCGGUCCCGUACGGCCUUAGCACCACCUUCUACAUCACCCUCUCCAACGGCCAGAGCGUGACCAUCCUCUGGGGGUGGGUUCUCCUGUCCCUCCUCUCUGUCGCCAUCGCCGCCUCGCUGGCCGAGAUCUGCUCCGUCUACCCGACCGCUGGUGGCGUGUACUACUGGAGCGCGCUGCUGUCGAACCCUGAAUGGGCGCCCAUCGCCAGCUGGAUCACUGGGUGGCUGACGCUGGUGGGCAACUGGACCGUGACGCUGUCCAUCAACUUUGGCGGGGCCCAGCUGAUCCUCAGCGCCAUCUCGCUCUGGGACGAGGACUUUGUCGCCAACGAGUGGCAGACCAUCCUGAUGUUCUGGGCCUGCAUGCUGGUGUGCUACCUCAUCAACGUCUUUUGCUCUAAAUACCUCGACCAGAUCAACACCAUGUGCAUCUACUGGACAGGCGCCUCCAUCGUCAUCUUCCUCAUCGUCCUGCUGGUCAUGUCUCCCACCAAGAGGAGUGGCGAGUUCGUCUUUGCGCACUACGACGCGUCUGCAUCUGGCUGGCCGUGGGGGUGGAGUUUCUUUGUCGGCCUGCUGCAGCCGGCAUAUGUCCUGACGGGCUACGGCAUGGUGGCUUCCAUGUGCGAGGAGGUCCAGAACCCAGAGCGCGAGGUGCCCAAGGCCAUCGUGCUCUCCGUCGUGGCGGCAGGCAUCACAGGGCUGGUGUAUCUCAUUCCUGUCCUGUUUGUGCUCCCCGACGUGCAGACGCUGCUGGAUGUUGCCAACGGACAGCCCAUCGGUCUUGUGUUCAAGACAGCAACAGGGAGUGCAGGCGGUGGCUUUGGCCUGCUUUUCCUUGUCCUCGGAAUUUGGCUCUUUGCUGGCGUGGGCGCCCUGACUGCAUCCAGCAGGUGCACCUACGCUUUUGCCCGCGACGGCGCCAUCCCUGCCUCGAAAGUCUGGGCCAAGGUUAGCGACCGGUUCGAGAUUCCCUUCUGGGCGCUGACCUUGUCAACCGUCGUCGACUGCCUGCUCGGCCUCAUCUACUUCGGCUCCUCGGCCGCCUUCAGCAGCUUUACGAGUGUGGCCACCAUCUGCCUGGCCACCUCCUACGGUCUACCCAUCCUCGUGUCCGUGGUCCAGGGCCGCAAGCAGCUCAAGCACGCCUCCUUCUCUCUCGGCAAGUUCGGCAUGGCCAUCAACAUCACCACGCUGCUCUGGAUUGUCUUGUCCAUCUUCCUGUUCUGCAUGCCCACCAACCUGACGGGGCUCGACAGCUCGACCAUGAAUUAUGCCAGUGUGGUCUUUGCCGGCUUUGCGCUCAUCAGUCUGGGGUGGUACUUUGCGUGGGGCAGGAAGAACUUUUCUGGGCCGCCCGUGUUGAAGGAUGGGAUGGAGGAUAUCGUGAGCGGAGAAAAUGAAUGGGAAGCAAGAAGAUACCACCAGUAA